UCGUGAGAAUCACUGCUUAAGKGAUGUCGAGUCAAAUUCCAGUCGUAUUUCUUCCUUCUGGCAUCUCGAGAAUAAGUCCKGACGGUUUUGAGUCCAGAGAUCCUCAGGUGGAUCGAGAGGUYUUAUUGUAUAGAGAGAGAGAUCAAAAUGCGGCUAAGUCUUUGAAGCUGAAUGAAAAAAUCCCAAGACUGAACUCCAGCACGGCAAUGGAAAUGCUGGAUAAGUCUGAGGACUUCUUACAGGAUAUGGCUAUUGAUGAGGUGGAGAAAAUGAGUGAUUGUGAGGAAAGUCCGCAAGAAACUUCGUCAAGACCAAACUCGACGGAGCCGAGUACUGCUAACGCCAAGACACUAAAAACCUAUCAGUCCCAUGUCCGUGUCUUCAAAGAUUGGUUAAAAUCAGAGGGACUGCCGACAGACUUCGAGUACUGCAGUGCAGAGGAGUUGAGCUCAUGGUUGAAGAAAUUCUAUAGGGAUGGUAAACGAAAAGACGGCCAUCAAUGGAAACCAAGCUCACUAAAAAUCUUCCGUUUUGCUAUCAACCAGCACCUGAACAGCCAAUCAAUCAACCGUUCUAUCAGCAUCACACGAGAUAAGCAGUUUAAAGACGCAAACAAGGUCAUUUCAGAUCGCCAAAAAGAAUUGAUUCAACUCGGAGAAGAUGCCACUGGUAGCAGAGAGAGCAAAGAUAAUGCAAGAGCGUUGACUUGUGAAGACAUUCGACAACUCUUUGACAAGGGAGUUAUCGGCAUUACCAGCCCUAAAGCACUCCACAGAUAUGUAUUCAUGAUACUAGGGAUUAACUUUGGGAUAACAUCACGGCUUGCUUUGCAUCUGUUGAAACCUAGUAUGCUGUAUUUUGAUCGAGAUGAGAAUUCGAGCCUUCUUUAUGUUUACUACGAUCCGAAACGAGACAGUAUUGGGGCUGACAAGAAGUUAUCCAGGCCAAAGAAAAAGAUUUAUGGAAUACCUGGUAACCCACUAUGUCCAGUAACUGCCCUCAAACUCUUCAUCCAGAAGAGAAACCCUGAGUGCAUAGAAGGGUUUUUUCAAACUCCAAAUCGUCAUUAUAAGGAGACUGGCGUGUGGUAUACUCCACAAGCGACUGGGAAAAACACCCUUGGACGACUGAUGAAGGAUAUUGCUAUCGAUGGCAAGUUGUCGUUCAUGUACACCAACCACUGCCUUCGCUACACUCCUCCCUACGUGUUUACCCCUCCUGACCCUAAUACUCUCUCAUCCAGAGUUGGUAAUGGAGUUUCCUCUUCUCUAAAUGCGAUUCAAAGAGAACUUCGACCAAUGGGCAGUGAGUCAAGACCUUUACAAAUUCGUCCUACCGUGUCAGUAAACAACACAGAUUAUGGCACCAAGCAGGUUGUGGCCGCGUCUGGUAUGCACUUCAAUGGUGCUGAUAGAAAAAGUUGCAUUAAUAGUGUGCCGACGAUUAGUUACACAGGGGGCAACAUGCCUCUGUUGUACCCCCCUGUACUACGCAGUAGAGUGACCCCCCUGACAAAUGCAUCAGAAGAGGACGCUUCAUUAAGAGACAGAGAUUCCAAGCCCUCGUUGUCACUGAAAGCUGUUCAGCAAGUACAAGACAACAACCCAAAAAUGAAUGAACAAUUCAAAUCAAUGAAAACACAUAAUGUACUUUGUGUAUCACGACAAUGGGAAAUGGAUGAAAUUAUAAAUGCUAUCAACGCUGGUGAUGCCAUUUUGCUAUCAAGACACGACGUCACGGGCUCAAAGAAAUACCCUUCCAGGCUCACCGACACUGAACCAAUGAAGCAGAAAGGCAAAAGUAAUGGCCAAUCAGCAUACGAGUCACGUGAGAGGUUUCUUUCUUAUCUCAAGUCAGCAGAUUCAGUUCCCAAACACGAGGACUAUAUUGAGGAUCGUUCGAAUGGCGCGCCAUCUUUACAUCUUAAGCCUGAGACAUCCAAGUUGUCCUCGCGCUCAAGUCGCAAGCAGUUGGAACCAAAGAGAAUCCGACCAGACGAGAUGGGAACACAUGGUGACAGCAAUUUUCAGAUUGAUGUAGCAUAUGACGAUGCAGUCACCAACAUCCAGGCAAAUCUAACGAUUAUUGAGAAGCUACAGCGAGACCAUCCACCAUCUGAACAAACCAUCAACUCUCUGGAAAAAAUGCGAUUUAGUAUUGAGCGUAUUUUGAGCGACUAUCGUUCAAACAUCCACAUGUAGACCGAAUCAAUUUACCAUUUCAGAUCACGUGUCAUUCCCUUGGGUAUUAUUUUCUUAUUCACUGGUAAUGUUUCUGAGGAUGUAUGCUAAAUGGUUGUGACUCAAACGAAGAAUCAUAUUUUCGAGGGAAUGACACUUGGCCUACAACGGAAAUAUUAUGCCCAAGUUAAUUGUUUCCAUAUCAUAGGACUGAAAACACUCGUUGGAUAUACAGAGAUGCUAAUAUAACUGACGUGUAUAACAUGUUAGAACAUGGCAUCAUCAUAUUAUCAGACAAAUUUUUCAAAAAACAUAAGUCGAAAAUGCAGUCAUAUGUUUUUCAUCAGCAGAGUAUUUCAAUGUUACAGUAUGAAAGAGCUACGCGAGCGUUAUAACAACACAUUUUGGUCAUGUGGUCGAAAUCCCCCACCACACCCCACCCCUCCUGAGCAUUUUCAUUAUCAUUGUCAAAACACGUCUGCUAUAAGCCUAAUAGCUUCAAUAGCCUAAUAACUAUAAACAUCUAUUUAAGCCUUUUGCGUUUGGUUUUUAAGCUUGUUUAGAGUAUAAUAUAGCUCUGCCCGCAGACGCGCAAAUGUUCUUAUUCGCUUUUACUAGCUUYGUUUAUAUAAUUGUUUUAACAUUUGU